AUCCCAUCCCAUCCAUCUAUCCAUCGGCCAUCUCACCCUUGCUCUGUUAUCUCUUAACUCAUCCAGCUUCUGUCACCCUUUCGCUCCUCUUCGUCUACUUCUUCACUAUCUCCCCCUUAAGGGACCCGUCGGACCAGACCUAUUAGCCGCCCUCAUCAACUUAUCAAUAUGCGUUCCAAGUUUAAGGACGAGCACCCCUUCGAGAAGCGCAAGGCAGAGGCCGAGCGUAUCCGCCAGAAAUAUGCCGAUCGCAUUCCAGUAAUCUGCGAAAAGGUCGAAAAAUCGGACAUCGCUACCAUCGACAAGAAGAAGUACCUUGUCCCUGCCGACCUUACAGUUGGACAGUUCGUCUACGUGAUCCGUAAGCGGAUCAAGCUGUCUCCUGAGAAGGCGAUCUUUAUCUUUGUCGAUGAGGUUUUACCACCUACGGCUGCUCUGAUGAGCAGCAUCUAUGAAGAGCACAAGGAUGAAGAUGGCUUCUUGUAUAUCACGUACUCCGGCGAGAAUACGUUCGGUGACUGCUAGGCGCUGGUCGAUCUCAUCUUUUCCCUUUUGGUCUGAUUUCCCUGUCUCUUGAAGUGAAUUCGCUGCCGUCAUCGUUCAAGUCACUUCCUUCAGUUGCCUUUUCCUUCUUUUGGGGAAGUUGCGGAUUGACUUCCUGGAUGUAGGGGUUGGUUGCUGUAGGACAGGGGUGGAUGGCGAGCUCGACUACGCUGUGAUGUUUCUAUGCUGUGCUGUACGCGGGCGUUAUCUUGGG